AUUGUCGAUGCUAUGCUUCAAAUAGCUUCAGCUUCGAAGAUGAGAGCAGCUGCAAUCAUGAAGAACAAUGAAGAAGACCCUUUCUCAAUUACCAAAUGCAUCAAUGUUUUGGAUGAUGAGAUGCAAGGAGUAUUCUUAAUCUAUGUUGUUCGUGGAUUAGUGUGCAUGCUCUUUAGAUGGAUAGAGUACUUGUUUAGAUAAAUGUUGGAUAGAGAACUUGUUUAGAUAGAUGCUAUCCCUCAUUUUUCCAAGAAUGUAUCUUUUGACAAUGUAUGAUAUUAUGAUUAUUUUCAAUGAAGUUGUUUAUUGCUACAAAAGAAAGCAUAUACUGCUGAUUUUAGUAUUGGUUUUUUUUCUUUAGUGUUUAUUUUUUCUUGUUAUACCAAGUAAGUAGUACAAAACCAAACACCAAGCAAAGCAAAUGCCAUCAUUGUCUGUAUAAAUAAAUAAAGGCAUUGCAAUCUUGUAGAGUACAUAAAUCUUAUUUGUGCAGAUAUGUCAGAGAAAAGCAAGGAUGAUUUUGACUUAGAAUUGGAUGAGAUGGAAUUGAUUGCAGCAGCUGCAGGCUACUAUUACUAUAACACCUUAACAACUCAACCUUGUCCUAGUUUAUCACCAACCCGAGGCUGUGGAUUCAUGACUGAAGUUCUAAAUGGUCCUGAAGAUCUUUGUAGGGAGAUGUUUCGAAUGGACAAACAUGUCUUUCAAAACCUCUGCAACGUUCUUCGCCAAAAAUCCAUGUUAAGAGACACUGCUGGUGUUAUGAUUGAGGAACAGCUAGGAAUUUUCUUGAACAUUAUAGGCCAUAAUGAGCGCAACCGAGUUAUUCAAGAGCGGUUUCAACACUCAGGCGAAACUAUAAGUCGUCAUUUUAACAAUGUAUUAAAGGCAGUCAAAUCACUGUCCCGGGAGGUUUUACAACCACCACCAGUCAACACUCCUUCAGAAAUUAUUGUUAACAAUAGAUUUUUCCCUUAUUUCCAGGAUUGCAUUGGAGUUAUUGAUGGAAUGCACAUCCCUGCCAAUGUCCCAGCCAAGGAUCAAUCCCGAUUUCGCAACAGAAAAGGUUUUCUUUCUCAGAAUGUAUUGGCUGCAUGCACAUUUGAUCUGCAGUUCAUCUUCAUUUAUCCUGGUUGGGAAGGCUCAGCUGCUGACGCCCGUGUAUUGAGGGCCGUUCUUGAUGAUCCCGACCAAAACUUUCCUCAAGUUCCACAAGGCAAAUAUUACCUGGUUGACAUGGGAUACUCAAACAUGGAAGGCUUCAUCGCCCCAUACGAGGGAGUCCGGUGUCACCUUCAUGAAUUCAGAGGUGCUAAUCAGUUGCCUAGAAAUGCAAAGGAGCUAUUCAACCACAGACAUUCAUGUCUAAGGAAUGCCAUUCACAAGUCAUUUCAUGUGUUGAAGACUCGGUUUCCAAUUCUCAAACUCGCCCCACAAUACGCCUUUCACAUUCAACGGGACAUAGUUAUAGCUGCUUGUGCUUUACACAACUUCAUCCGCCGAGAGGAACAAGAUAAGGAUUGGUUGUUCUCCAGUGUGGAAGGUAUAAAAGUGGAUGUGAUGCCUGAUAUUCUUGAUGAACAGGCUGAAAUUCAAUUGGUUUCUUCGAUACAAGAACAAGUCGCAUUCUCAGUAAGAGAUUCAAUUGCUGCAGCUAUGUGGGAGGACUACAUUAAUAAUUGGGAUGAAUGGUGAUCCAAUCCAAUGCCUCUUUCACCAUUUUCACUUUGUAGCUUUCCAAUUUGUUUUGUUCUGAAGAAGAGACUAAAUGAAAAUCAAUAGGAGGGGUUUUGGCUUUUGUUAGAAACAAAUAUUUUAACUUUGAUUCAUUUACAAAUGAUUCAGAAUUCAGAUCAUGGGAUCUUUUUUUCUUUUGUCAAAAUUCACUUGGUUGGAAAUCUUACAAUAUUUGAUUUGCUCUUUAUACAUUUUUGACAA